AUGGCUUUAAUUUUUUGUUUGCGGGCAUGGCAGCAAUUAAAAUUGGAAUUAAUUAAAGAAAAGCGAAACAAAGCAGGACAACGAGGGAAAGAGCGAAUAAAAACGGUAAUAAAAACGAUUAUUACUAUUAAACCAAUUAAAAAAGCGUUUUUACAAAAUUACAUUUUUUUAAUUUUUUUUAAUUUUUUUUAUACGUUACUAUUACCCUUUUUACUUUAUAACCUUUUUUUAACCGGAAAGUACGAAAACGCCUUUUUUGCCGAAAUACUUAUUAGUAACCGAACGAAUUAUAGUAAACGGCGGGGACGGUUUAACACCGAGCCGGUACUAGCCAGCAAGCGUAAUGUUUUCCUCCUUAAGCUAUACCCAAAGGUUUUUUUUACGCAAUACAUAAUAGUAGCAUUAAAAUUUACUUUAUAA